CAAAUCAGUUGAUAUUAGUAUAUCCAGUAACAGAUGGAUACUGUGUUAAUAGUGCCAAUUCAAUCAAUGCUUCAUUCAUUGGGGAAAAUGCUCUUAGAAUACAUCAAUCAAUAAUGUUUCAAAAUCAAAGACAGUAUUUAUAUCUUGAUAUGUUCUUCUUGUGUAAUGGAUCAGUCACUAAAUGGAUCUUUGGAGCUGAGAAUCAAACCAAUAAUCAAAAUGCAUUAGUAGAGUUCCAGAUAUGGCAUCAACAAAGUUCAAGUACUUACAAUAAAGUUUCAUUUAGUUCAAUCACAUUUGAUGACAUUACAAUGAUUGGUACUAAUCUCUAUGAGUUUAUUCCUCAGACUCCACUGCAGUUCCAGGAAGGAGACAUAUUUGGUGCUUAUAUUCCUUCACCAGGUUCAAGCCGAUUAGUAUUUUAUGAGCAGGUAGAGAGUGGCCCACUUAAUAGGUUUAGAGGUGGUGGUGCAUUGUCAACUAUAAUAACAGGAUCACUGGAAUCUGUUGCUAAUAAUUAUCCAUUAGUUGCAGCAGAAAUCAGUAUUUCCAUGAGUAGUCUUGGUAUUUUUACUACUACAAUUAGCAGUAGUAUGAUAACUGACACAUCUACUGUUAAUACUGGAAUCACUACUACUAUAAAUG